AUGGCAGUGCAGAAAAAGACCGAAGAGUACGCCGCGAUGAAACUCUACAUAAGGCGCCUGGCACGCGAAGCCAGUUAUGGGGGCACGGUUGAAGUAAUAGCACAUAUUCCUUCUUCUGAGCCAAAUGAUAAUACUCUGGGACAUGAGAGUGCACGCAAUGCACGGCUCCAAGUUGAAUGGAGAUUCGAGUGCCCUUUCAUCCCCACUGACGACUAUUGGGACACAUUGGUCAGGUUCGCGAUGGUGGACGGGAAGAAGGGCUGGAUGGAUCCGAACGCGCCAAUGCCAUGUUACGGGCAGUCUCUACUCCGAAGAUCGCGCGCUAUUAACGGUGUUAACUGGGGACAGAAUACGGGUGGCAGCACAUCUACUACCUAG